CAAGCAGCUGAACUGCGCGGGGCUCGGACUUGAGGACUGGGCUGGGCUGCAGGACGAGCGGUGGCGCUCGCUGUGCGCGCUCGGUGCACCUCACCCUCCUGCGCCCCCCUCUCAUCCCUUCAUUUGCUCCCCUUGCAGCUGAUGCCAGAUACAGAAACAUGCUCCGGCUGAUUUCCCCCGUGCCGAUCCCCCGCACACAUGCUUGAUAUUUCCAGCGUGCGCACGGAGAAACGACGAGGGAUGUAGCCGCAGCGGGACAAAUGAGGACAACACAUGGACUUCGGCUUUUUCCCUGAGAUUCUUACGGCGUAACCGGGCUUUCAUCGCGCAGCUCUGGUCAUGGAGAGCCAAGCGGUCGAGCCGCAGAACUACGAAGACGUGCAAAAAAGCGGCUACCUUCGCAAGCACAAAUCGAUGCACCGGCGGUUCUUCGUGCUGAGGGCGGCCUCGGAGCACGGUCCCGCUCGACUUGAGUACUACGAGAACGAAAAGAAAUUCCGCAGUAAAUCACCUGUGCCCAAGAAGGUCCUGAACCUGGAGACCUGCUUCAACAUCAACAAGCGGGCGGAUUCCAAGAACAAGCACAUGAUCGUGCUCUACACCCGCAGCGAGAGCUUUGCCAUCGCUGCGGACAGCGAGGAGGUCCAGAAUGAGUGGUACCAAGCCAUGCUGGAUCUUCAGUGCAACUGUAAAACUCCUGAAGACUAUGGCAGCAGUGGAGAGUGUAGCUCUCCAUCUCCCAUCCCGACUUUUAAGGAGGUAUGGCAAGUCAAGGUUUGGCCCAAAGGUCUUGGACAUGCCAGGAACUUGGUGGGCAUCUAUCGGCUCUGCCUAACUGAUAAGACAGUCAACUUUGUCAAACUCAACUCAGAUGUGGCCGCUGUGGUGUUGCAGCUGAUGAAUGUCCGCAGGUGUGGCCAUUCAGAGAACUUCUUCUUCAUUGAGGUGGGACGCUCAGCCAUUACAGGCCCUGGAGAGUUCUGGAUGCAAGUGGACGACUCUGUUGUGGCUCAAAACAUGCACGAGACUCUGCUGGAGGCUAUGAAAGCCCUGAGUGAGGAAUUCCGUCAGCGCAGCAAGUCUCAGUCUGUGGGAACUUCUUGUGGUGGCGGUACUGCUUCAAACCCCAUUAGUGUCCCGAGUCGGCGUCAUCACCCAAACCUUCCACCAAGCCAGGUGGGCUUCUCCAGACGAGCACGCACUGAGACCCCAGGAACAGGUGGCAGCAGCACAAGCACAUCACCCACGUCGCGUCAUGGAUUUCCAAGGGCACGGACAGCCAGCAUUGGAGCCAGAUCAGAAGAGGGAGGGGCAAGUGCCAGAGGGACGUGGGCCAGUUCCAGCCCGAGCCUGAAUGGAUCCUGCUCAACUACUCCAACGCUUAGGCCCAAGCCUACAAGGGCUCCAACACCUGCUAAGAUUACCUUAAGCCUUGCACGUUACACACCUAACCCUGCUCCAUCUCCUGCACCAAGCCUGUCCUCCAGUUCAGGUCAUGGGUCAGAGUGUGGCCUGGUUGGGUCGGUAGUGGGAGGCAUGUCGAUUUGCUCCUACGCUCGGGUUUCUCAAAGAGUUUCUGUUUCAGGUUCACCGAGUGACUACGGGUCCUCUGAUGAGUAUGGUUCCAGUCCUGGUGAACACUCUCUGCUCAUACCAAAUCUAUCAGGACAUCAUGCACAUGGAGAGGGCUCCUCCAGCUAUAUCGUAAUGGGACAACGAGAAGGUCUGCUUGGUUCCCAUCAUCAUCCAAAAGGUAGACGGAUUCUGCGACGCUCAUCAAGUCGAGAGAGUGAGGCCGAGCGAAGGCUGCUGAGUAAGAGGGCAUCCCUGCCUCUGGCAUCCCAUGAAAGACUAACCCCACACAGAAAGGAUGAAGAUGAUGACGAUGAGGAAGAGUAUGCCAUCAUGUCGCAGAGUGCUAAUAGAGAGAGUGCGGAGCUGCAUCAAGGCUCAGGGAAUCCAGCAGUUCAGGGUGGGCAGCUUGACGCAGUAGGGAAGAACAGGAAGAGGGUUGACAAAAACAGGGGACAUGGGGACAGGGGAGCAGCUGUAGACAGUGGCUACAUGUCAAUGUUACCUGGGGUGACAUCUCCACCUGUUUCACUAUCUCUUUCUAUGGGUAUGUAUGACGCCAGUGCUAAACCCGGGGCAGAUGAUGAGUACAUGGCCAUGACCCCCAAAAACAGUGUGUCCCCUCCCCAGCACAUCCGCCAACCCUCUUCCGAGGGCUACAUGGUCAUGUCUCCUAACAGCAGCAGCUCCACAGACCUGCAUGGACUGGGCAUAUGGGAGAGCAGAGCCAGCAUGGAGAGCCGGGCAGCCAGUGACUACAUGAACAUUUCCCCUGUCAGCAGUCGCUCUGCCUGCAGCACACCACCUUCACACCCCGAGCAGCAUCAGCUGCAACCAAAAAUGUUCAAUUCAUACUUCUCCCUGCCACGAGCCUAUCAGCAUACCCUCUAUACUCGCUUUGAGGAGGACUUGAACAAAGGGGAAGAAAAGAAAGACAGCAGUGGGCAUGAAAGUGCUGGUAGGGGAGGGAGAACAGGGUACAGCAAAAGAAACAAAAUUGCAGUGGGCUCUGCAGGAGGCUGCCAGCUCUCCAUGUCUUCCUCUUCUUUCUCCUCCAGCUCUGCUAGCAGUGAAAGCCUUGACGAUAAGUCAACAUCUGGUGGGCGGGGGUUAAGUUUAUUAAGAACUGGGGCGGAAUACAAAAGUGCAGGAACAUCCACAAAGGAUGGACGUCACCACCAAAAGCGUGCAUCCAGUAGUAAAAGCCCAAAGCAACAGAGGAGGGGACGUCCUUUGAGUGUAUCUUCAGACAUUGCUAAAGCGAACACCUUGCCAAGGGUUAAAGAGAAUCUACCACCAUCAGGGUCCCAGAAUGUCGGGGACUAUGUAAGCAUUGUCUUUAAGGAAGACGGUGCAUUCGAUAAAGAACGAAGUGGAGGGUCUCAUCAUGGACCACCUGUAAUCCAUGGAACUCUUCGGCCCAUAAACCAGCCGCUCCUCUGUCAUGAUAACCCUGCUAACCUUCCCCGCAGCUUCUCGGCACCACUCUCCACCUCCGCUGAGUAUGUCAACAUGGAUUUAGGGAAAUCCUCGACACCACUGACUCAUGUUAGAUCCACAUUCAGCACCCUACAGGACCCACCGACAGUUUCCCCCAAGGCCCGGCAUGAACACAGCUCGCCCUCUGCACUGGUAGCAGAAUGCAGCGCAGGGUACAGAACAAAAAUAAAGAUGACAACAGGGCCAACGGAUGUUCCAUUCAUAGACAGCAAAAUUUCCAAUUCAAGCAACUUAGCAAGACCUGCCAUUCACUCUGGUCAACCACUAUUGAGAGAACAGGAGGCAAGUUUGAGUUCUUCCCCGGUCAAGUCCUUCCAGUCGCCCGAUAAGAGCAGCAGACUGGUCCGAGGUGAUCAACAGGGACACCUGAGCCACCGGUCAGAGACAUUUAGCUCACUGCCAUCUUUGCCACCAUACGCAUCUUCUUCUACCUCCCUCUUGCCCGAGGGCAGCCAGGCAGCAAGUCAUCGGCAGGGUUUGGACUGCUCACUGUGGGAGAAUGGCCAGACUGCUGGUUUGUCUGCCACGCCUCCACCCCAAACCUCCACCACAUCCACUGAACAAGGCCUUAACUACAUAGACCUUGACUUAGCCAUGAAGGAGAGCCCUCAAGCUGGAGCAGAGCGCACCUCUCCUGUCUACAACGUCGGAGCGAGUACCAGUGCCGGCUCUUCCCUCAACACUUAUGCCAGUAUUGAUUUCUACAAAUCGGAGGAACUACGAACGAACCAGAACAGUAGGAAGGAUGGGCAAGGUGAGUGCUACUGUUGAUCUCUGUCUUUGAUCCGACGGCUCGCCACAACAGAACUGUACGCUGGAGUCGGAACGCUGAAACUAUGGAAAUCUCAUCCCUUCCUGUUUGCGGUUUUCUGUCAACCAAAUGUGUGCCAAACACACACACGCACGCAUACGCAAACACGCACUUACACACACACAGCCUUACAAACUCAACACAUAAUCAAUUCGUAAGGAAAAGAUGUUACGUUGCUUGAACUAAGGAGAACUUGAUCUUUUUUUUAACUUGGUACAGAGAAGCUCACAGGUGACAGGCUACAAAAUAUGGUUGCCAUUUUUUUGCACUUCAUUAAAAAUCAUAAUUGUUCCAAAAUGUUUUAUUAUGUGUGCUAAUGUAAGUUUCAUUGAAUUUUAAAUUGGCAUCUGUCAUUUUUGAGCUAACCAAUUUGUUGAAGUUUUGUGCCACGGGACUGGAAAGUAAAUUUAUGCUAAUUACUAAGCUCAUUUAAUUUCACUGCAGUGUUACAUCCUUCUUCUUUGCACACAUAGUUUAAAUGAUCAACAGGUGUCCCUUAGGUUCAAGCAAAUAAGAAGAUUACUGCUGGACACACAUUUCUUAAACAUUCACACCAUUUCACUGUAAACAGUUUUAAAUCAUUAUCUACUGUAAAGUUGCCCCCAAAAAAAAGCUUUUAUACUUACAGACUACUGCUCUUGUGUUACUGAGGUGCUUCAAAUACUGGUCAUAUUUGACCAGUAUGUAUAACCAGUAUAUGAGUCUUUUGACUCAGCACAGAGUCAAAAAAGACUCUGCCGAGCCUCUUUUGAAAUGUCAAGUACAGAGCCCUUCACAUUUAGUUGCUCUCCUGGUGAGGAUGUUCAGAAAUCUUUAAAAUGCAUUUGUCCUUUAUUGCAGUAGCAAAAUUUUACAUAAGAUGACUCUAAGACUAAACUUUUCACUGCAAGCUGCCCGAAUCACUGCUGGCAUGUAGCUAAUAUCUAAUGGUUGAAAUACAAAUCUGACAAACUCUUUGUUGGCGCUUUCAAAUUAUAAGUUGCCUCGUUUGCCUCGGCCAGCCUUUUGUUCCCUUUCUUGAUUUUAAUUGUUGCUUUUCCUGCAGAUAUGGCCUAACUGAGGUCAUCAGCUGGUGUUUAUAGUCAUUUCCUACCUUAUGGGGUUGAUGCUUUUCUUUAGUGCCAUGUUCCCUUGUCUUUCCCACUUUGAAUAACAGAACAGAGCAAUGUGCCUCUGCGUCACAUAAAAGUUUCCCCAAGGAAGCAGCAAAUUAAACAAACAUUACAAAUUAAAGGUCUCCCAAUAAACAACAAUAAAGAGAUUUAAAUUAGAUAAAAAUAAAAUAAAAGGCUUUUUGCAAGUCUUUAAUGUGAUGCCAGUUGAAGCGAAGGAUGCUUUUCCACUAUUUACCCAUCAAUCCCCAUUGCUGUGACACAAAUCAAGUCCAGCCCCAUUCAAAUUGGAAAAAUACUAUUACUUGUAUUGAUGGAAAUGUCAUGGCUGAUAUGUGCUAAAGAGUCCUGAAUAUAAAACAGGCAAGGCUCUUCAUGUCCCACUUUAAGUGUUCAAAGAUUUGGCCGAUUGUUAUACACGCACAGAAGUUGAACAGAUGCAGCCGGUCUGCGACGUCCACACGGACACAGAGCUGCAAAUAUUCCCCCCUCGUCCGCCUUCGGAUUCCUCUUAAUAACAGUGUAUCGGAUGAGGCUGACACAUGACUGUCAAAUCAAUUACAUGAUGUCUGAGUCACACAACGAGCGCUUCAGCAGGAGAGACCACCAGAGGAAAAGAAACAGAGAUAUACACAGUUUUUUGGGCGUUUUUUUCUUGAAGACUUAAAAUCAUUUUAAACUUUUAUGUAACACAAACUGAGUAGAAAAAUUAUAAAUGCUUUUUUUGGCAUCUUAGCUUUUCUAUUACAACUGUAUAUUACACUAUGGUAUAUACUAUAGUAAUAAGAGUAGAGUGACAGAAACUAUAGUACAUACUGUGGUUAUAGUUUUCCUCAUUUCCGAAACAGUUAACACGAUUUUAAUAUAAAGUGACACACUACAAUGGCAUAUAAAAUAUACAUUAUACCUAUAAUAAAUAAUACUAUAUAGCCUAGAUAUCUAUAUACUCUUUUAUAAAGUGCCUCAUUUUUGAUUGUAGCUGUUUUUACACAGGUGAUCUUAAAAUGGGUUGUCGAAAUGGGGGCAGAUGAUAACAUUUCUCUUCAAAGCUUAAAUUUGUGAAAGGAGGACAGACCAGAAACUUAAAACUGCUGCCAUUCAACAGCGAUUAGAUUGCCUUAAAGAAGUGUUUUAUCAGAGACAUGAAAAAAGAAGCAGUUUUGAUUUUGUUGCAGUGCCUAACACUGAAGCCACAAUGUAAGCACAUGCACCCCUCUCACUAUUUUAUUUAUUAUUUGGGUUGGUUUUGUCAAUCUGUGGUUUUGCUAAAAAAAAAAGAAAAGAAAGAAAAAGAGAAAAGACGAAGAAGAAAAAGAAGAAAGAAUCCUCUCCUCAUAUAUUUUUUGUAGUGGUCCCAUCUUUCUACUUCACCCACCUGAGAAAACAGACAUAAACAAUACGUUAGUCUUACACGGCGCCUUGCAAAACUAUUCAUUGCUUUGGAACAUUACAACCACAAAAAUUCAAACUGUAUUUUAUCGGGAUUUUAUAAAUAGACCACCACAAUGCAGUGCACAGUUGCAAAGUUGGAAAAAAUGGAUUUCUUUUCCAAAAAUAAUUACAAAUUCAACUACAAAUUCAAAUAAAAAGGGUCUUUUGGGGAACGUCAAACAACGUAGACAUUCUUCUUUGUAAAUGUCCAAGUCACAGACUCAAGGCCUACACUUUUCAGUUUUUUAUUAAUAAAUCAUUUUUGAGAAACAUCUAAUCUGUACUCCACAGUUAUACUCUAUUUAUGUUGGUUUGUCAGAUAAGAUCAUAAUGUGGAAGUGAUGAAUACCUUUGCAAAGCACUACAUCUUAACUCUCCUGGUUUCUACUUCAUGAAGAAGCUUCCAUCUUGUAUGUAAAUAAUGAACACAAUAUUAAUGAAUUAACUUUUAAGUCUUAAAAGCACUCCCUUAACAAGCUUUUUUUGGAAAAAAACGGAGCGUGCUUGUGACUGUGAGCUUAUUUGUGUCCAAACUGUAUGAACAUGCUUUUCAGUGAUUUGAUGAUACAGAUAUUGAUUAAGCUCCCAGAAGUUGUGAGUAGUUCUGUUUCUCUAUCACAUUGUCUUCUUUUCUUCACCCAUAACCGUCUGUAGGACUGUGGACCAGGUCUUUACACUCAUUACCUCCUCUUUUAUAAAUCCUACUGCAGCCAAGCAAAGUACCCAAAAGAAAUAAGAAAUCAAAAGUCUACAAUUAAUGAAGGGUUUAUAAUAAUUUGUUGGUCUAAUUUAGGAAACGCGCAUCAAGAUAUUCUUUCCUUUAUAAAGCUCACAUUGUGUUUCUCUGACGGUAGUUCUUUGACUUGGGGGGGUGUUUAAUCACAGCCACAGGUGGCAACAUUUAUUUGGCCUUGUUGUGACAUUGCUCAAACUGCAGACCAUUUUAGUUGCAAAUACUUUAAGAAAGAAAAAAAAUGUCUGCUGUAUUUUGUUGAUAGGGUGAUGCAAUGUUGAACCAAACUUGUUCUGAGUCCAGGGCUCUGGCUGAGUGCACACAGGGUAAAAACAAAUGAAAGGUUUUCUUGAUGGAGUUCUGACAUUUGGUAGCAUUUCCCACAUUUAGAUUGAUUUAAAAUUGUUUUUUUUUGUUGUUGUUUGUUCUUAUAAUUGAAAGGACUCAGCACCAGUGUUGUCAAGUCAGUUUAAAGUUUAUCUGAAAAACUGCAUCUCUUUCUUAAAAUUUCUUAGCUUUUUAUUAGUACUUAUUGGUGCCUGGUAUCCAUUGAAUUGUGAGGAAAAAGCGGGAAUCACCAUAGCAACCAGUAUGCAUGUUUUAUAAAGAACGCAGAAGUUAACAUUGGACUUUCACAAUAAAACAAAAACGCACUUUGUUAAAAUUAAUACUGCAAAUAAAGGAUACAAAUUACUGUUUGGCCUAGCCAGCCACCAGCAACAAGUUCAUUUGGAUUUUCAAAAUAAAGUUGAAAAUAAUCGCUUAAAAAAAAAGCUAUUAUGUUAAAAUGAAGCACAUUUAUUUUCUUCAGCAUAAGAAGUUUCAAUGUUCUGUAUAUUUGCGUAUUGCAAAAUUGGGCUCAAGUACACACCUACAUUAAGCUUGACUUUUAUGGCAUUUUCAAAAUAUAUAUAUAUAUUUUUUUAAAUAGCUCCUGCUAUUUCAUAGUGUGAUUAUUACAAUUAUUAUAUUUCUCAUUCUUUGUCACCAAAGAUAAUAUUUUGGGCUCAAACGCUUAUUAAGCACCAAGCGUUGGGAACCACUGAGGCUCCUUCAGGAUUGCUUACAAUUUUGAUAUUUUUAACAUCGUCUCUGCACUCUCAGUGUGCGCUUAACACUGACAAUCUUAACCAAAUGCAUACAGGAGCUUCUGUUUAUCGAAGGGAUGUUUUAAUCUGUUUGUGUUAGCCUCCAUUCUAAUUGGGGAUUACAGAGAUUCUCUGACUGUACCUUAUAAUCUCAAAUCAGAGCAGACGCAACAGUUGGUGUUACUGUAAAGCCCCUCGGAGAGUCUGAUGUUGGCUCAGUGGGAGCAAACGCAUAAGAGGAAUGCAGAACUUUAUAACCAAAACAACUGUAUCUUAAUAUGUUAAUAUGCAUUUCUAAUUUUUGCUUCCUUUAGCUAUUUUACACCAAUGUGGUGCACAAACGACUCCACAGACUCUAAAUGUGGGAAAUGAUACUCUGUGUACAAUCAAGAUACCUGCCAUAACUACAGUAAAAGAGCAUCAUACGUAUUUUAAAAUCAAAUGAUCCUACUUUGAUAAUGAUGUAAUUGUAAAAGAUGAACAGGAACUAUAGGUAUGUAAAGUUUAAUGUGUAUAAAGAAGUUUGCUUCGAGGGAAGGGAGGGGACGGGGCGGCAUGGGGUUCAUUCUGUUUAUGGCAAAAUUGUUUCAAACAGAAUAUUGAUGAUUUUUGUCUGUGAUGUAGACAACAACAAUGUUUUUUUUUUCUUUUGAUAAAAG